UUUCGCUUUAGACCUUCCAACUGCACUGAGGGGUGAGGAGGCGCUUUGGGUGAGCUCUGAUAAAACCUGGUUAAACACCGAAUUUAUUUGUCUAUAUCGAUCGGUAAACAUACCACUGAGCGGGAAAAUGCAUCUGCUGAUGUCUUUCGUCGCGCUCGCCGUCCUGAGCGCCAGUUCCUUCGCCAAAGUGUCUUCACCAAAAGUCCAGGUUUACAGCCGUAACCCUGGAGAAUAUGGGAAGGAGAACGUGCUGAUCUGCCAUGUUAGUGGCUUCCAUCCCCCAGACAUCACCAUCGACCUGCUGAAGAAUGGGGCAGAAAUCCAGAACACCAAGCAGACUGACCUGGCCUUCGAGCAGGGCUGGCAGUUCCAUCUGACCAAGAGUGCAGCCUUCAACCCCAGCUCUGGAGAGACCUACACCUGCCGGGUCAAGCACAUGGAUAAGACCAAUAUGUACAGCUGGGAACCAGACAUGUAAACAGCUGGAGUCUUGAUUCCAUUUGGAAAGCUUUGUUUUUACUAUGCUUUAUCUACUUGGAAUACCUGGAGAUACCAACAUUUUGACAAUAACUUUAAUCCAUACAUCUGUUCUCCACUCUAUCAUGUUGUUCCGUAACUUUGUAUAAUCAUGCACAAUUGCAUUUUUUAUGUAAAUGACAUACAGUAAAUUUACCAUUUACUUUUUAGCUUCUGGCUACACACUUUCAAAUGAUAAAGAGACUGUUCUGGAAAAUCACAUAUGUGAUGUGUAAUGAAUUUAUUCUUAGCUGUUUUGUCUUUUUUAGCCACUGGAAAGGUUUUCUAAAUGUAAAUUAGACGUUUGCCUACCUUUCUGUACAUCUGCUAGGUCACGUGUGAACCUUAUAGGAAAUAGUUUUUCCUUUAUGUUUUUUGAUUUUUCCAAGUAAUACUUGUAAGAAAAUGACUUGCAUUUAAAUAAACUUAUUCCCCUUCCCUAAA